CUAUUUUGUACCAAAUUAUACGUAACAUUUUUGUACCAAGUUUUUGCGAUCCUGUUCUGAUUACGAGCUUCUGAGUUGUGACUGACAUUCUACGGAUUUUUCAAAAGUAUUCUCAUUUCUACGGAGUGUAAUAAUUUGACUGCUGCGUGCUGGCAUUGAUCAAGGGAUUCGGUGUGAAGUGUGAACCGUGUGAUCAUUCUUGUGUUAGCGUGUGAGUUUUUGCGAUCGGUAUAAACUAUAGAGCAAAACCGUUAAAACGUGAUCAUCUAUACGGCGGAGUGCAAAGCUCACACAAGGCAGUAAUUAUGUCGGACAGCUCAUCAUUUGUGAGUUCCGAGCGUCGUGGAACUGUAGCGCAAGUCGGCAGUCGGUUGAAGAAUCUUUUGGUUAGUGGCGAGAUGAGCGAUGUUGAAUUCGCAGUCGGACGCCAGCAUGGUGAAGUGAAGGCCUUCGCAGCGCAUAAAUUGGCGCUAAGCGCGAGCAGUGAUGUAUUCCAUCGCAUGCUCUACGGGAGCUUGGCUGAAUGCUCCGAAACGGCCAUCGAUGUCCCGGAUAUCCCCGCGGAAGCCUUCUCCAAUAUGCUAAGCUACAUAUACACGGAUUCAAUGGAUAAUCUGACGGCCGAGAACGUUAUGCAGACGUUGUAUUGUGCGGGCAAGUACGAUUUGCCGUGGCUGGCAGAGCUCUGCACGAGCUUCGUCCUGCGCCAACUGAAGCCCGACAACUGUCUGCUGUUUCUGGAAAAUGCAGUCCGUUGGACUCCGGAUUGUGACGGUCUGAUAGAGCAAUGCUUGGACAUGGUGGAUGCAUCCAGCACUGUUGUUUUCCAGUCAGAAGAGUUUACUGCGCUAGGACGAGAAACACUAAUAAUGAUUUUGCAGCGCGACACGCUGUCCGCAGACGAAAACGUUAUUUACACGGCUGUGGAAAAAUGGGCUGCGGAGGGUUGUGUUGGGCUUGUGGAACCUUCAGCCGCUAACCGACGUGAGGCGCUUGGCGCGGCUUUGUUUUUAGUUCGCUUUCCGUUGUUGACUGAUGCUCAACUGGCUGAUGGUCCCAUUCAGAGUGGUCUACUGAUCCCACCGGAGUUGCAGAAUAUCUAUUUGCACAAGCAUACCACAGCAAUCAAUAAACCAGCCCUCUGCUUUCCGACGAAGCCGCGACAACAUUUGAUGCAUUGCGUCGAUAAAUGUGCUUUUAAACCACGGGAGCAGAUAUUCGUGGCUAAUACAGGCGGUCCAUAUGGCGGUGGUUGGUAUCCGGCGGAAGUAAUCGGAGUGCAAAAAACGAGCUUCACCUUCUCUUGGUACCCUGAGGAGAAAGAUACUGAUAAAGAGAAAGAAAAGGUGGCUCUUCCAAAGGACAUUAUUUGUGCGAAGAAAAUUCUAAAACGUGGUCUUCGAAUUGAGGUGUUCGAUGGGAAGGUCUUCAAGGAAGCGACGUACGGUGCCCAGCGGGCUGGUGCGCAUAAUGUGGAUUUGGCCGGCCGAGAGCGCAGCGUCCAGUUGGGAGAUUUGAGAAUUCCGCAUGAUGAGGCUAGUAAGUGGAUAGCCGCAAAUCCGGUUCCUGUUUGACUUUCACGGUUUCGGGCUGCGAUAAACUGACAAUGUUGUUCAUAUGCCGACGGUAAUGCAGUGUGUAAUACUGAUCAGCCGCACAUUAUGGUGAUGCAUUUCUCUCUUUUUGCAGUGAAUUUAGCCCAUUUUUUUCAGUUGCAGUUUUAUAUUGGAGAAUUUGUUUAUCUCGAAGAUUACUUACACAAAGAUUACUUACCAUUAGCUGUCUUUGAUGAUGCAUAGAUUCAGUAUCCAAUCUAAUGUUUCGCGGAUCCGACGACGGCUG